UCUCAGCUGCGCACCGGCACCACCACAUCCUCUCUCAUCAACGGUUCCCGGCGGCCGAAACAAGAAACAAUGCAGACCCUUCAAUCUUCCCCAGCUGGUCCAGCCCUUCGCGUUUCCCCCAUAGAACCUCUCCGUAAACAAUCCCCUCAGCUCUCUACUUCAGCCAGAGUAGAUCCUAAGAAGCAGAAGAAACUAUGGAUGAAACCCAUCUCUGCUUCAGCUCCAAAAGGUUCCUCUGCUCCCAAGAGAGAGAAGGACCCGAAGAAGCGAGUGGUUAUAACGGGUAUGGGUGUCGCCUCUGUAUUUGGUAACAACGUCGAUGUGUUCUAUGAUCGUCUUCUCUCUGGUGAGAGUGGCAUUGAUAUCAUCGAUCGGUUUGAUGCUUCAAAGUUUCCCACUCGAUUUGGUGGCCAGAUUCGUGGGUUCAGCUCUGAAGGUUAUAUUGAUGGCAAGAACGAUCGUAGACUUGAUGAUUAUCUUAGGUUCUGUAUUGUUGCUGGUAAGAAGGCCCUUGAGCAUGCUUCCCUUACUCGUGAUGGCCUCUCUAAGCAGUAUUAAAGUAGUAUAAAACCUUCAAAGAUAGAAGUUGAAGGGCUGGCCCCUGAAGCGCCCUUGGUUGAUCGGGUUGGUGGUUACGGUGGCGGCUAUCUGGAAUGAGAGGAAUAUCAGAAGGCAUGAGGGAAUUUCUCAUAGCGCAGCUAUGAUUGUGGCAGCCAUUCAUAAGGACAUCUCCUUCAUUUGUAAUGGGAUGAAGAUUUCGCCCAAAUCUGGAAUGAUCUUGUUCUGAGCAGGAAAUUUCUUUGUGUCAAUGGCCAAACUUCUUCCCAUCAAAUAUUGGAAGUUCUUUGGUGCAAGCCAUUUUUUUCGUGGGUGAAAUUGAACGUUGAUGGCUGUUCCUUAAGGAAUCCUGGUAGAGCUGGUGGUUGAGGUAUUUUAAGAUAUCAUCAUGGGAAAAUGUUGCUCUCCUUUGGUUUUUCCCUAGGGGUGUCUACUAAUUUUCGGGCGGAAAUUUGUAGUAUCAUUAAGGGGUUGAAUCAUGCUCACAAUAUGGAUGUGAGGUGCUUAUGGAUUGAAUCAAAGUCUGCCCCUGCUGUUGUCCUCUUCCAACAUAGGCUCAUCCCUUGGUUUGUUUACCAGGAAUGGGCAAAUCUUUCUUGUUUUUUUGCUUAAGUUCAGCAAAGAGUAUAUUAAAAAGAAUGAGAAUAAUACAAAGAAGUCCAAAUAGACAAAACUGAACAAACUUAAGACCCAAAUCCACCUUCGGCAUGGCCAUCAGCAGAGAAGGCAUUAAGACUAAAUAAAUGAAGCUACAUCCUCAAAAGAAGCAUAAAAUUUACAAGAACCGGAACCUAGGCUUUUCCAUUGUGUCCCAUUCAAUAUCAUUUGCAGAAAAUCUUGGACCAGAGUCCAUUGAUUGGAAGAUCACCCACUGCUUCAGGGAAGGAAAUCCGGUGGCUGAUUAUCUCGCCAAAGAUGCAGCAAAGUCAGGGACUUCAGGUGUCAAAGAUUUUAUUCCUCAAUCGAUCAUAGAUGAGCUGAUCCAUGAUGAAGCUGGUCGCCUUAGUUUUCCUUUUUAUAGAUAGCGGUAGUGAGUCUCUGCUGAUGGCAAUGCAGAAGGUGGAGGCUCACUUCGUUUAGUUGAUUGAAUCAUUCCUUGUAUUCUUGCGCUUUUGUAAUUCUCUUCAUUCUUUUUUCUUUUCUCAAUAAAAUUCUGAUCUUUAG